AUGGUGAAAACGUCAGAAUUACCGGUGCUAGACGACAUGACUAAACGUUUAGAUAAACCGUCGGACGGAUUAUCACCGGAAAGACAAGGAAUUAUUUACGGAAUGCGCACUAAUGGUAAAGAACAAAUUUUUGAAAUUUUUGAUAGAAAAUUCAAGUAUCUGCAUGCGACAAUAGAUGAAUUAUUUAUCGGUUCGGGUGAUUGGGUCAAAUAUGAUGUCAGGAAAUCGAAAGAAGGAUUCCCAGGAAUCGCAUAUGAGGCUUUCAAUGUGAGAGAAGUUGAGGAGAAAUCAUCGAAUCCAGCAACCGAUGAUUUUAAGCAUGUUGACCCUACGAAAUAUUUUAAAGGAGACGACAAACGUGUUGACACUUUCUCCUACAAUAUAAAUGGAAAUACUAUUGUGUUCAAAACUCGCUUGACGAUUCAGGAUGGUGUUAAAGGCCUUGGUGCCUACAAUUCAUACUACGGGCUGAUUCAUAUUGAACCAAAUGAAAUCCACCGACUUUUGAAUCAUGAAAUUCAUAUUUUUGACGCCGCUAUCGAACUAAUUCGUCCAGAGAAAUACAAAGGAGGUCCUCAUUUCCGCUUGCAGCAUUAUGUCAAAAACGGCCAAUAUUAUAGUUUGAGCGGAUUUUUGUCGAUUCUCGGAAAAGUUUGCCGUGGUCCUCGCGGGGUUGUUCGUGAUCGGAAACGUCCGGAAGACAUUAUAUUGGUUCAGUCGCCUGCACAGCCAGUUCUUCCAAUUCGCGAUGAGAAUUUCGGUGAAGCUCAAAGAGAUCCGGCUCGUUCCCCAUUUUACGAUAUCAAUUCAAAUUGUCCCCCAAUUUUUGGCCGAAAUCUCCCAACACCACUUGAACAAAGAAGGUAA